GUGACUUGUUGCUGGAACCACAAAGCUACAUUUAUAUAGAAAUAUCAUAUUCUGACAAGGCUGUAGAUUCCUGGGAAGUUUUAAAAAUGACUUGGUAUUCACAGUCCUGCACUACAGAGAAUUCCAGUGUAUUUAAACAAGGCACAGUCCACGGAAAGAUGCCAAAUGCUACUUGUGAUGCUUUCUUCUGUAAUUCUUACAACAGACUAGAGUGGUACUGCUAUUUUGUAAUUGUACUUUGGUUUCUUGCACUGCUGAUUGGAUUUUUGGGGAAUACAUUGACACUACUAUAUUAUACAUACACCACAAAAUCAUGGACUACUAGCACUGUAUUUUUGUUCAAUCUGGCGUUAUGUGAUUUCACUUGGGUUCUCUUGAUUCCUUUCUCUGUUUACUAUCAUCUACACAAGCAACAAAUCUACUUCAAUCUCAUAUUCUGCCAAUUUAAAAAAAUAUUCUUUGAUAUUAACAUCUAUGGCAGCAUUUAUUUUCUCACACUGAUCAGCUUUGACCGGUACAUAGGAGCUGUACAUCCCAUUCGCUCAUUAAAAUGGUGGGAUAAAAACAAGGCUGUAUUUUGCACCAUUGCCAUAUGGAUCUUCAUCUUUAUAGAAUCAAUUCCUGAUUUUUGCUAUCUGCUUGUGGUCCAUAAACAGAGGGAUGCUGCAACUAAACUGGAGAACGCUGGAGAACCUGUGUACUUUGGAGAACCUCUAUACUUCGUUGUCCCUUUCACAAUUUCAAGAGUUUUAUUUGGCUUCCUUAUUCCAGUCAUAAUAAUCUUUAUAUGCUAUGCAUUGACCUUGAGAUCAUUAUGGCAAAUGAAGAGAUGCCAACAGAGAAGACCCAGGAAUGUCAAACCCUUGAUGUUGGUUUCAGCUGCAAUGAUUGUUUUCGCUGUGGCAUUUAUUCCCUACCAUGUCAUGAUGAUGGCAGUGCUAAUUUACAGACUGAAUUACCAACUCAACUCUGACAAUAUAAGCCUGAUAGUUACAGUUUAUGAAUUCACAGAAAUCAUCUGCGGUAUUAGUAGCUGCUUAGACCCAGUCAUUUUUAUGUUCGCAAGUAAAAAAUUCCAGCAGAAGUUUAAAACAAUAAAAUGCCCUUCAAAGCAUAGGUGUCACUGCUGUCAAUCACACAGAAUUAGGGAUAUUGCUCAAUUGUGAGAUGGUCAGGCAUGUGUGAGCUCUUAAGGAGAACAUGGCCACUACUGACGUAUUAUCUUUUGUUCUGACAACAGUUUGAGUCUGGGGUGCAUGUUGCUUA